UUACAAGUUUAUUCUUUUAUUUUUUCGAAAUGAGCUAUGUACUAGAAUACGCAAAGAGUGAUAAAAGUUCUUGUACUGGAAAAAAAGAUGAUUGCCCUAGUGAGAAUUACAAAAUCGCUAAAGGAGAGCUUCGUCUUGGAGUAGAAGUUCCUAAUACUGGUGGUAGUAGGUGGAGGCAUUGGGUGUGCGUAACAUCUAAAGUGAUUGAAAACAUGCAAAAAGAUUACUCUAGUCCUGAUCAAAUCCAAGGAUGGGAAGAUCUCCGACCCGAAGACCAAGAGCGUGUUCAAAGAGCUUGGGAUGAAGGUGAGAUACCUCAAGCUGAACGCCCCACACCUGCUGCUGAGCAUGUUCGACCUGUCAAGAAAAAGAUGGCUGAGCUUCCUGCUACCAAUGAACCGAAAAACAAAAAAAAGUCCACGAAAACGAGUAAUGCAGAAUCAUCUACCGCUACCGUUAAAGAUGAAGAAAAGGCUACAUCUUUAAAAGAUAAACCAGAAGUAGCUAAGAAGGAGACUGCAGUGACUGGAUCUCGUAAAUCUUCAAGAGCUGUAAAGACGGAAGAAGCCUCGGAUAAGGAGUCCUCCUCUUCAACAACUAAUAAGAAGCCUACUAUUGCCAAGAAAGCAAAAGCUGAAGUCACUGACAAGGAAGUUAAAGAUGAUAUUACUGAGGCUAACCCAAAGAAGAAAUCACCCACCAGUAAGGCAUCCGGAUCCAAGAAGGAAAAAGCCAUUGCUGAUGAACCUAAAGUUGCUGCAUUUGCAACUCGUAACAAGACUGUUAAAAACACGUAACACACCUGAUUAUUGGAAUAAAAGGAUCCCAUAAUUAACCAGUUUUUAUAGUGAAAAGAAAUCCAAGGGAGAACCAACACGACGAUCAGCCAGAAUCAACAAAGAGACAAAACCCGAAUCUUCUGCUGCCAAUACUACCAAAAAGAGAGCCUCGGGCAAAGAUGAUACUACUGGAACUACCAAGAAAGCAAAGAAAAACUAAGUUUUUCUCCCUGAAUCCAUUUGCUCACUAAAACAUUAUUUAAAAUAAAGCUUCUUUUUUAUGCGAAUGUAAACAAAGCGGAUUGGUACAUCCCGAUUUUUUAAUCUGUAGAAAAAUCAAUAUAAACACAUUGGGUUAUCUUGAUGAAACACAAAACAUUUGUACUUCAAUAACA